UCCCUCAUAGCUAAAACACAGGAACAAGCUUUCUUCCGUCCUCCCCCUUCUAUAGCUUCCCAUCUCUCUCUCUCUCUCUAUAACUACUCUUACUACACACGCUGUCUCGCUCUAUAACAAUCAAACUCGCUCACUAGCUCACAAGGCAACUCAUAAUUUGCAGUGUGAAAGCAAUGGCAGGCAGUGCAUUAUCGGUGGAGGAGUUCUUGAACGAGUGCCAGAAGUCAGGGGAUGCAGCGUACGGUGCGUUUCGUUCGGUUUUGGAGAGACUGGAGGAUCCGAAUUCCCGAACUGCAGCUCGGAUCUUCCUUUCAGAUCUCUAUAAACGCGUCGGCGACUCCGAUCAGUGCCUUGAACAGUACCAUUUCCGGAUCCAAGAUAUCUUCUUGGAUCAAUACCAAGGUGUGGGCUACCGAGGGAGAAAGAAAUUGACCAUGAUGGUGAUCCCAAGCAUUUUUAUGCCAGAAAACUGGUCCUUCACUUUUUAUGAGGGCCUAAAUAGACAUCCGGAUUCUAUUUUUAAAGACAAGACAGUUGCUGAGCUUGGUUGUGGAAAUGGAUGGAUAUCCAUUGCUCUUGCCGAGAAAUGGUUGCCAUCAAAGGUGUAUGGCCUUGAUAUCAAUCCUAGAGCAGUAAAGGUUUCCUGGAUAAACUUAUACUUAAAUGCUUUUGAUGAGAAAGGUCAAGUCAUCUAUGAUGCAGAGAAGAAAACUUUACUGGACAGGGUGGAGUUUUAUGAGUCUGAUUUAUUGUCUUAUAUUAGAGAUCACAACAUUGAACUUGAAAGAAUUGUUGGAUGCAUACCUCAGAUACUUAAUCCAAAUCCAGAUGCAAUGUCUAAAAUGAUCACAGAAAAUGCAAGCGAGGAGUUUCUGCAUUCAUUGAGUAACUACUGUGCACUUCAGGGGUUUGUUGAGGAUCAGUUUGGCUUAGGUCUCAUUGCUAGGGCUGUUGAGGAAGGAAUAGCUGUCAUCAAACCUAUGGGGAUUAUGAUCUUUAAUAUGGGUGGUCGUCCAGGACAAGCUGUUUGUAAACGCUUGUUUGAACGUCGUGGUUUUCAUGUCAACAAGCUUUGGCAGACUAAAAUUAUUCAGGCUGCUGAUACAGAUAUUUCAGCCUUGGUUGAAAUUGAGAAAAACAGCCCACACCGCUUUGAGUUUUUCAUGGGUCUCACUGGAGAUCAACCCAUCUGUGCUCGUACAGCAUGGGCUUAUGGGCAAGCUGGUGGUCGAAUUGCACAUGCUUUAUCCGUUUACAGUUGUCAACUUCGCCAACCAAACCAGGUGAAGAAAAUUUUUGAAUUUCUUAAGAAUGGCUUCCAUGAUGUCAGUGGUUCGUUGGAUUUAUUUUUUGAAGAUGACUCAGUUGCUGAUGAGAAAAUCCCAUUCCUAGCUUCUCUUGCCGAUCAAUUGAAGGAGAAUUCGUGUUUCCCAUAUGAGCCGCCAGCUGGAAGCAUACAUUUCCGCAAUCUCAUAGCAAGCUUUCUGAAAACAUAUCACCAUAUUCCACUCAAUUCAGAUAAUGUUGUUGUCUUUCCUUCAAGGGCUGUGGCAAUUGAGAAUGCUCUUCGCUUGUUCUCACCUCGUCUUGCAAUUGUUGAUGAACAUCUGACUCAACACUUACCCCGAAAAUGGUUAACAUCUCUAGCCAUCAAGAGUGCAGAAAGUGAUGACCUGUCAGAGGAUGUGAUUACAGUCAUUGAAGCACCUAGACAGUCUGAUUUAAUGGUAGAGCUGAUAAAGAAGCUGAAGCCACAAGUGGUGAUUACUGGAAUGGCUCAUUAUGAGGCUGUCACUAGUUCAGCCUUUGCGCACCUUUUAGAGGUUACCAGAGAAAUUGGAUCUCGUCUUUUCUUAGACAUAUCUGAUCAUUUUGAGCUAUCCAGCCUUCCAAGUUCCAAUGGGGUCCUAAAAUAUCUUGCUGGAACUUCUCUUCCUUCACACGCUGCAAUCAUCUGUGGCCUUGUAAAAAACCAGGUCUAUGCAGAUUUAGAAGUAGCUUUUGUUAUUUCAGAAGAAGAGGCCAUCCUCAAGGCUUUGUCCAAAACUGUGGAAGUUCUAGAAGGAAAUACCAUACCAAUCAGGGAACAUUAUUAUGGUUGUCUUUUUCAUGAGCUUCUAGCUUUUCAGCUUGCAAACCGACAUCCACUAGUAGAGAGGGAGUCCGAGAAGGCCAAAUCAGAUAAGUUGAUUGGGUUUUCUAGUUCAGCUAUCUCAGUCCUUGAUUAUUCUGAGUUGUCAAUUAGUGGGGCAGAAAUAUCUACCUUGAUUCACAUGGAUGUUGAUCAAAGCUUCUUGCCCACUCCAUCUCCUGUAAAGGCUGCAAUCUUUGAAGGUUUUGCAAGACAGAACUUGGCUGAAUCGGAAAUUGAUGUCACCCCUGGAAUGAAGCAAUUUAUUAAAAGCAAUUACGGGUUUCCAACAGAUAGCAGCACAGAAUUUGUGUACGCAGACAGCACACAAGCUCUGUUUAAUAGGCUGAUCCUUUGCUGCAUUAAUGAAGGUGGAACAUUGUGUUUCCCAGCUGGAUCAAAUGGAAACUAUGUUUCUGCUGCAAAAUUUUUAAAAGCAAACAUUAUGAUUAUCCCUACUGACUCUGAAGCGGGCUUUAAGCUGACAGGCAGCCUACUCAAUGGAGUACUUCAGACUGUUAAUAAGCCAUGGGUUUGCAUUUCUGGUCCCACAAUCAACCCCACAGGCUUGCUUUACAGCAGCAAAGAGAUGGAGACCAUAUUAACUACUUGUUCAAAAUUUGGGGCUAGAGUUGUCAUUGAUACUUCAGUCUCUGGAUUGGAAUUUGAUACUGAAGGUUGGGGUGGAUGGGAUUUGGAGCCUACAUUGUCAAAGCUGAAUUCCUCUCACAACCAAUCUUUUUGCGUGUCUUUACUGGGAGGAUUGUCUCUCAAGAUCCUUAGUGGAGCACUGAAAUUUGGGUUUCUGGCUUUGAAUCAUCCUCUGCUGGUUGAUACACUUCAUAGCUUUCCAGGAUUAAGCAAACCUCAUAGCACUGUUCGGUAUGCCAUAAAGAAGUUGCUGGGUUUGAAUGAGCAGAAAUCAGAACUAAGAGAUGCUGUUGCAGAACAAUCAAGAAAUUUGCAAUUUAGGUGCCAGCGCCUAAAGGAGACACUAGAGAAAUGUGGGUGGGAUGUGCUCGAGCCUCAAGGUGGCAUUUCCAUGGUGGCCAAGCCCUCUGCCUAUCUCAACAAGGUUAUCAAGAUCAGACACUCGCCUAAAGACAACGGGAAAGCUACAAGUACCUAUGAAGUGAAGCUUGAUGACUCGGUCUUCAGGGAAGCCAUGGUCAAAUCCACAGGUUUAUGCAUCAACAGUGGCUUAUGGACUGGAAUUCCAGGCUACUGCCGCUUCACACUUGCCCUGGAAGAAAGUGACUUCGAGCGAGCAUUGGAUUGCAUCGUCAAAUUUCAGGAUGUCAUCAACAACAACUGAAGGGAUCCAUUAUCCUAUUUUGAUUCAGCAUUUCUUGACUUAAGUGUGUGCAAUAAAGAAAAUACCGCGAUCCAUCCGAUGACGAGACUCCAUUUCUCCUUGAAGUGUUUCGACAGAUGAGGUCUUUCCUCUGCCCUUCCUUCCAAAAUGAUAUGAACCCAAUACAUACUACUUGUUACAAUGGUACAACUUUUUUGUUGUGAACCUUCUCAAAGUGGCCAUAAUGAAAUGGUGUUCGCACUCCGCACCUUCUCAAUAUUAGAAUUCUGAAGUUGCUUUAUGGCAGAAAACUAUUCUCACAUUCCAACUUUUUCUCUUCUCUAAUACACUCUUUGAUAUCAUCUCUUUUUUUU